AUGACCAUGUCCUCACCCGCCCUCCGGCUGGGCCUUACAAGACUCAGCAGCCGCUCGCUAUGUGAAGCACGGAAUUGCACCUCUAGUCACCUUCUAAGCCGGAGCUUUGUCACAUCUGCCGUUCUUCGCUGUGACAGACACAACCUCCGUGUCUCCAGCAGCACAUAUGCUUGUCCGGAGCGGGCAGUUGAAAGGAGGACAUGUCAGUCACAGCAACGGGCCUAUAGCUCUGGACUCAAGGCCUUGAGGAACAAGAACAAGAAACUUGGCGACACCGCCUCUCUUACACCGGAUUCCCUCACGAUUCUUGGUCAGAGCGCAGACCUCCCCAUCCGUGCUCGGUUUGCACCGUCUCCAACAGGAUACCUCCAUCUUGGAUCCCUCAGAACAGCCCUGUUCAACAAGCUUGCUGUGCUGGCAUCCAAUGGAGGAUCGUUUAUCCUCCGUAUAGAGGACACAGACCAGAACCGGCUUGUGAAGGAUGCCGAGGAGCGAUUGAUGAAGGAUCUCAAAUGGGCUGGGCUGUCAUGGGAUGAAGGGCCCGACUGUGGUGGGCCAUAUGGCCCCUACAGACAAUCUGAGAGACUGCCCAUCUAUCAUGAACACGUCCAGACCCUCUUGGACCAUGACCAUGCCUACCGUUGCUUCUGUACUACCGAACAGCUUGAAACCCAGAAGCGUGAACUCCACGAGGCGGGCAAGCCGACUGUUUACCCAGGGACAUGCCGCUCCAUAGACGCCGACGAGUCUGAUCGCCGGGCCAAAGCUGGAGAGCCUCAUGUGGUUCGCUUCAAGAGCGACAAGUUUGGUCGGCCGAAGCUCCAUGAUGCCAUUUACGGGCGGUUCCAGAAGAAGGAUGCGGAGGAAGACUUUAUCCUGAUGAAGACGGAUGGUUUCCCUACAUACCAUCUGGCUAACGUUGUUGAUGACCACUUGAUGAAGAUUACCCAUGUCAUUCGCGGCGAGGAAUGGCUCAUUUCGACACCGAAACACAUUGCGCUAUACGAAGCGUUCGGCUGGCAGCCACCAAUCUUCUCCCAUCUCGGCUUGCUUGUCGACACAGACGGAAGCAAACUCAGCAAGCGCAAUGAUAGCGUCAACAUCUCCAAGUAUCAGAAAGAGGGCACGUUCCCCAUGGCUUUGCUAUCUUGGCUCGCCAAUCUCGGGUCCUCGUUCAAGCGACAUGUCCAGCCACCCCGGACGGUGGAGGAUGUGGCCAAAGCGUUGACAUUCAAAUUCACGAGGGGAGGCAUCAAGCUGAAUCUGUCGAAGCUGGAACACUUCAACAGCAAAUACCGUGAUGCUCUGCUCUGGAAGCCUGUUGCCGCAUUGGCAGACCAGGAGGCGAAGCUCAUCGACCACCAUCUGACACAGCCCGUGUUGAGGGAGAUUGAAGCAAUCACGAACGGAAGCGUCGAAAGCGCGGAGCUGACAUCAAAGGGCUGGCAGCUACCGCUGGAGCUCGUUCCGACCUUGACGGAUGCCACGCUCAAGGCUCCCUACGUGUACAAGGCAAUUGUAUCCAAACAGGGGGGCUUUCAGGCGCCGAGCGAUCUGGUCUCGCAGCACCCGUAUCUCUUUUGGCGGGUGCCACUGGCGGUUUUCAAGGCGUCCAUUGCAAAACAAAGACCCGAGCAAAAGGUGCUCGAUGCUCUCGAAGAUGCCAUCUCCCAGGAGUCUCUCUGGGAGGGCGACUGCACUCAAGUGAUGCAGGCAAUACAGUCCAAGGUCGAGCCACAGGGAGUCGAUCAGCUCACGACCCACAACGUACUGAGGCUGGUGGCUGCUGGCGGGCAAGAUAUCGUUUCGCAGAGCAGUUCCAGGAUGUUUGCUCUCUUGGGGCGAGAUGAAUGGGCACAUCGACUGGACGUUGUCAAAGGGCUUUUGAAAGACUUGCACGACUAG